CGUUCUGUGGUGCAACUUUACAAUCACAAGCGUUGACCAUGUGAGUUCUGAUCUGAUCACAAAUUUAAAUGUCGGUCAUAACCCAUGUACCCACGUAGCACCCAAUCACAAUCGCAACCUCUCCGGUGUCAUAAAUUUACGAGACGAUUCUCCCGUAUUGAAAAUUUCUUACUCUGCCCUGUUCGUAAUUCCACGCUGAAUAGAUCUCGCGAGAACCUAAAAUCAGAAUGUACUGGGUUCAAUUGUGAAUCGAAUUGAUAUUCAGAAUUUGAAAUGGACGUGGAGAGAUCGUCGCUGUGCAAUUGCGUCGUUAAUUUCUUGUUGGAAGAAAAUUACUUGCUGUCGGCGUUCGAGCUUCUCCACGAGCUGCUCGACGACGGACGCGACGAUCAGGCCAUCCGCCUCAAGGAAUACUUUUCCGAUCCAUCUCAAUUCCCUCCCGAUCAGAUCUCUCGCUUCAACUCCCUUCGAGUUGCGGACCCCCAGAGUCUACUUGAAGAAAAAGAAUCACUAGAAGAAAAAUUGGCAAUCAGUGAAUAUGAGCUUCGUUUAGCUCGAGAAGAUCUUCUUAAACUCAGGACUGAGACACAGAAGAAAAUUGAGAUCAGCUUGGAUGAGUCACAUGAGUCGAAGAUAGAUGCUUCUGCAAAUCAUGAACCAGAUUUACAACCACAGAAGGACAUUGCUUUCUCAGAUUUGGGACCCCUGAAGGGCAGUGAACGACAGGAUCUGAACUGCGCAGUAAAGGAAUAUUUACUUUUAGCAGGAUACCGCUUGACUGCCAUGACAUUUUAUGAAGAGGUCACAAAUCAGAAUCUGGAUUCCUGGAAAAACUCAUCUGCACGUGUUCCAGAUGCACUGCGUCGUUAUUACUACAAGUACCUGUUAUCAACAACAGAGGCUGCUGAGGAGAGAAUAGGUAUGCUUGAACCUUUGCUGAAGGAAAAUGAAAGACUGAAAAAUGAUAACCAGUCCUUGCUAAAAAGCAAGGGAGUUUCUGAUGCACAAGCCAUGGCAUUGAAAAAAUCAUUGGAGGUGCUACAAAAAGAAAUAAAUGAUAAAGAAAUUCUGGUCCAGGAUUUAAAGCAGACUUUAGAGAGUCAAAGGAAAGAACUAAAUGGUUGUAGAGCUGAAAUCACUUCGCUAAAAAUGCAAAUAGAAGGAGCUUGUUCUGGACGGAAUUUGUUGACAAGUGACUCUGUACAGGGGGAAUCGUGGUCCUUAGAGAACCAGUCUGAAGAAAUACAACUGCUUCGGAAUGAAAUAGAGAGGUUGAAGGCCAAACAUCUUGUGUCUACUGAAUCUGUAGAGUCAAUCAAGCAAGAGAAAGGGAGUAAAGAGACAGUAGAUGAGAUUGAUAAAUCAGAAGUAAAUAAUAUUUUGCCAUUGACAGUUGAUGCCUCAUCGGCAGAUUUACUAGGCACCAAUACUCAAGUGAUGGGGAAAUGUGAGUCUGAUGUCACAACCAGCAAACCCGAGAAAGUGCCAGGAGAGAUAUUAACUUCUUCAGACGAGAAUACAAUUCUUGAAAAAGCUGAAAAUUUCCUCAAGCACAAUGGAAAACCACCCUCAGAAACUGGUGGCUUAUUUUCGAAAUCAGAAAAUCUCGAUGCUGAAUCAAAUGCUCGAAAGGGUUUGGGAACUGUUCAGAUACUUUCAGACUCAUUGCCUAAAAUUGUACCAUAUGUUUUAAUCCAACAUCGAGAGGAACUUCUUCCUCUGAUAAUGUGUGCGAUUGAGCGCCAUCCAGAUAGUGCCAUGCGAGAUUCUUUGACCCAUACAUUAUUUAACUUAAUCAAGCGUCCAGAUGAUCACCAGAGACGAAUUAUAAUGGAUGCUUGUGUUACUCUUGCCAAGAAUGUCGGACAGCUGAGAACAGAAACAGAACUGCUGCCCCAAUGUUGGGAACAAAUCAAUCACAUAUAUGAAGAACGUCGGCUGCUUGUUGCUCAAUCAUGUGGUGAGCUUGCAGAAUUUGUACGGCCUGAGAUCCGUGAUUCUCUCAUCUUAUCUAUAGUGCAACAGCUCAUUGAGGACUCUGCUGUAGUGGUUCGGGAGGCUGCUGCUCAUAAUCUGGCCCUGUUGUUGCCACUCUUCCCCAAUACUGACAAAUAUUUCAAGGUUGAGGAGAUGAUGUUUCAAUUGGUUUGUGAUCCAUCUGGUGUAGUUGUUGAAACUACAAUUAAAGAAUUAGUUCCUGCUCUAAUAAAUUGGGGAAGCGAGCUGGAUCAUGUUCUGCAAGUUUUACUCUCUCAUAUUUUGGGUUCUGCUCAGCGUUGUCCACCUCUUUCAGGAGUUGAAGGUUCUGUUGAAUCACAACUUCGUGUUUUAGGUGAAAGAGAACGUUGGAACGUUGACGUUCUUUUGCGCUUGCUUGUGGAACUACUUCCAUUUGUUCACCAGAAAGCUGUUAAGACUUGUCCAUUUUCAUCAGAAGUUGCAGAUUCCACAGGAAUAUCAUUUACUGUGUCUUUAUUUGAACUCUAUGCAGGGGGAUUUGUGGAAUGGCCUACUUUUGAGUGGCUGCACAUUGAAUGUUAUCCCAAUUUGAUUCGGUUGGCUUCUCUAUUGCCCCAGAAGGAAGAUAAUUUAAGAAAUAGAAUUACCAAGAUCUUGCUGUCGAUAACUGAACAGUUUGGGGAAACCUAUUUGACAAACAUCAUGCUUCCCGUGUUCUUGGUAGCAGUUGGUGAAAAUGCUGAUUUCAAGUUCUUCCCAUCCACCGUGCAGUCAAGAAUAAGAGGCAAUGGUUUUCUGAAUAUUUACCAAUACUGGUAUUUAAGAAUAAAGCUCUAUCUUAUAGGCAUUGUUUCUUCCAUCAUGACAGGUUUGAAACCCCAAACUUUAGUGGCCGAGAGACUCGCUACAAUGUGUGUCCUCCCAGUUCUGCUGGCAGGUGUGCUAGGACACCCAAGCAAGCACGAGGAAUUGACCCAGUACUUGAGGAACCUGUUGGUUCGAAGUUCUGGAUUGGAAGGUCAGCCAGCAAAGCAUGAGAUUGUCAAUUCUGUCCGCUUUAUUUGCCUUUUUGAAGAACAUCAUAGUAUGAUAUUUAACAUCCUUUGGGAAUUGGUUGUGAGUUCUGACGUGAAUUUGAAAAUCAGAGCAGCCCAUUUUUUGAAAGUCAUUGUGCCAUAUAUUGAUGCAAAGGUUGCCUCAACUCAUGUAUUGCCUGCUCUUGUAACUCUUGGUUCUGAUCAAAACCUAAAUGUAAAAUAUGCCAGCAUCGAUGCUUUUGGAGGUGUAGCAAUGCAUUUUAAAAGUGACGUGAUUGUUGACAAGAUACGGAUUCAAAUGGACUCUUUUCUUGAAGAUGGAUCAGUUGAAGCUACCAUUGCUGUGGUUCGUGCACUGACUUUGGCUGUACCACAUACAACAGAUAGGCUUCGAGAAUAUCUCUUGUCCAAGAUUUUUCAAUUUACAGCCUCACCAACCCCUUCAAAUGAUUUAUUGCGCCGGAGGGAAAGAGCAAAUGCCUUUUGUGAAUCCAUUCGGGCUCUUGAUGCAACAGACCUUCCUUCUUCUUGUGUUAGGGAUUUCCUUUUACCAGCGAUUCAGAAUCUAUUGAAAGACCCUGAUGCUCUCGAUCCAGCACACAAGGAAGCUCUUGAAAUAAUAUUGAGGGAAAGAUCGGGUGGAACAUUUGAUACCAUUAGUAAGGUGAUGGGUGCUCACAUUGGGCUUGCAUCAUCUGUUACCAAUUUCUUUGGUGAGAGUGGGUUACUAGGGAGAAAGGAAAGUGAUGAACUAGGAGCGCUACCACCAGAGACAAUUGAGUCCCCGAAGCCUGCUCCACAGCCCGUACUUGAAGACACGAGAUUUAGGCGGAUUAUGAGGGGUGGUUUUACAGAUAUGCUGCGGGGCAAAACUAAGAGCAAUGAGGAAAAUUCCCCUAGCCAUUGAGAAGGAAUGGGAAAAGAAGAAGACAGGAAAUGCAGUCGUGUAACAAUACCGUGGUCAAUUUGAUUAUGUUUUAAUUUUUGUAACGACAUAGCAGUUUUUUUGUACUUUUCCCAUCAUCAGUUUGGAAAUUUUAGGAUGGUGCAUCAUCUGAGAUUCUGAAUGACAAAUCAAAAAAUAAGAAAAUUUGAGAGAAUUUUUGCAUAUUUAACGGAAAAAACUUAUGUUAUUUUUAUCUGUAUAAGAUGCCUCUUCUACUGGAAUGUGUUCCAGAUCUGAAUGCUUGGGAGUGUUUUCUUCCAGCAGUUGUUUCCA